UCUCAUUCUCAUUUUGUCUUCGUUACGUAACGCGUGCAAGUGUAUACUUUGUAUUUGAUAACAGACAAGUUUGGCAAUUUCGGGGUAGGCUAUCAGCUAAUCUAUCUUACACCCUAUUAUCAUAUAAUUUGGUGGCUAAGUGUUUUAGGGCGCGCUUUAUAAAGCGGCUCACUGUUUUGAAUCUGCUGUCAGACGAUGGGAGGGGGAGGAAGAAAAAUAUGCAAGUCGAGUAUUGAUACGUAUAUUGUUGAUUUAUAUACAUAUGUGCAUAUGUACACCGCGGGUUGAUUUGAUAAGAGCUAGGUCUCGGUGCUUUAUGUACACUGAACAAUAACGAUCUGACUCGUCGGACUGACCCUUAUCAAUUUUAUUGAAUGUUAGUCGACUGGACUUCGAAUAUUUGCCAUAGAAUUGAGUAGAUGCGGCCAAGAGGUCUUUAAUUGAUAAGAAACUCAUCUACAAGUCAGUCUGUGUGGACUCUUGGGUUAAAAACAUGUUUUCCGAAUAGCAUUUUAUUGUGAAUUUGCGCGUAGCUUAUUCCAUAAAGAUUCGUUAUUUAACAUUACAAUUUUUCCAAUUGUUUCAAUUUUCUACUUUAGUUUUAUUUGUUCUAAUAGUGAAUACUUAGUUUGGUUGUAAACAUGACGGUGCUAACGAAGGGAGUUAAGUUUGUAAAUAGUGUUGUGUCGCGUAAUAGGAUUUUUUCACUUAGUGGAAAUAAAAAUUUGAAUUUUUCGCAAAAUCUUCAUACGAAAACGCUGAAAAAUGUUAUCCGAAACUCAUCAACAAAGGGUGGAACUGUAAGAAAUCUGACAACUCCGCUGGACAAGAGGAUUCAUAACCUGGACCCAAGGCAACCCAUGUUCACGGAACGGAGCCAAUUAAAGUAUGCAAGACGUCUUGUGGUGAAGCUUGGAAGUGCUGUUAUUACCCGAGAGGACAACAAUGGUUUGGCACUCGGCCGAUUGGCUUCCAUUGUUGAGCAAGUAGCUGAAUGUCACUUGGAAGGACGAGAAUGCAUCAUGGUUACAAGCGGGGCGGUGGCGUUCGGAAAACAGAAGCUCACACAGGAGCUGUUGAUGUCGUUGUCCAUGAGAGAAACAUUGUCACCAAAGGACCAUACACGAGAGGAUGCUGGAAUGCUCCUUGAACCUCGAGCAGCUGCUGCUGUAGGACAAUCAGGAUUAAUGUCCCUCUAUGAUGCCAUGUUCGCCCAGUACGGGGUGAAAAUUGCACAGGUGUUGGUGACCAAACCUGAUUUCUACAACGAGGAAACUCGCCAAAACUUAUUCUCAACCCUCUCCGAACUAAUUAGCUUGAAUAUUGUGCCGAUAAUUAAUACAAAUGACGCAGUUUCGCCUCCCAUGUUCAUUGUUGACGAGGAAGUUUACACGCCGGGCUCCAAGAAGGGAAUUUCGAUUAGGGACAACGACAGCUUAUCUGCCAUGUUAGCGGCCGAGGUACAAGCGGAUCUCUUGAUUUUGAUGUCCGACGUGGACGGCAUCUACAACAAGCCACCGUGGGAAGAUGGUGCAAAAUUAAUGUCCACCUACACAUCAAACGACAAGCACGUCAUUGAGUUCGGUAAAAAAUCCAAGGUAGGAACCGGUGGCAUGGAUUCGAAGGUGAACGCCGCUACAUGGGCACUGGAGCGUGGUGUCAGUGUCGUAAUUUGCAAUGGAAUGCAAGAGAAGGCAAUCAAGACAAUUAUAGCCGGCCGAAAAGUUGGAACUUUCUUCACGGAGAGUGCGGAUACUACAUCGGUUUCAGUGGAAACUUUGGCAGAAAAUGCUCGAACUGGCAGUCGACUUUUACAGGCACUUAGUCCCGAACAAAGGGCCUCAGCUGUGCAUUCCCUGGCCGACCUGCUGCUGUCCAGGGAGAAGUUCAUUUUAGAUGCCAAUGCUCAAGAUUUAUCCGAGGCCAAGAAGAAUGGUUUGGCGAAACCACUAUUGUCUAGAUUGUCGUUGAAUCCGUCCAAGUUGAAAUCACUUUCAACAGGUCUUAAUCAAAUUGCUGAAGCCAGCCACAAGAAUGUCGGGAGGGUGCUCCGCCGAACAAAGUUGGCCGAGAAUUUGGAAUUACGACAAGUGACCGUACCCAUUGGCGUCCUGUUGGUAAUUUUUGAGUCCCGACCAGAUUCAUUACCUCAAGUUGCUGCCUUGGCCAUAGCUUCAGCUAAUGGUCUCCUACUCAAGGGCGGAAAGGAGGCGAGCCAUAGUAAUAAAGCGUUGAUGGAGCUAGUUAGGGAGUCAUUGGCAUCGGUUGGAGCUGAAAAUGCCAUUUCGUUGGUAUCCACCCGCGAAGAAAUCAGCGACUUACUUUCUAUGGAAAACCAUAUUGAUCUCAUUAUACCACGUGGCUCAUCUGAACUUGUUCGUUCUAUUCAAGAUCAAUCCGCCCAUAUUCCUGUAUUAGGACAUGCAGAAGGAAUAUGCCACGUUUUCGUAGAUAAGGAUGCUGAUUUGUCGAAAGCCUUAAAAAUUAUACGUGACGCAAAGUGUGAUUAUCCUGCUGCGUGCAAUGCAAUGGAAACAUUGUUGAUCCAUGAAGAUGUUCUACACACCAAUUUCUUCAAUGAAGUAUGUAAUAUGUUUAAAAAAGAAGGCGUGAAAGUAUACUCAGGACCGAAAUUAGCCCAAAGACUUACAUUCGGACCACCACCAGCUAAAUCGAUGAAGCAUGAAUACGGUUCACUUGAAUGUGCUAUAGAAGUCGUGAAGGACUUGGAAGAAGCCGUCGAUCAUAUUCAUAGUUUUGGAAGUGGACACACCGAUGUCAUAAUCACUGAAAAUUCUGAUGCAGCUAAAUACUUCCAAGGUCAAGUGGAUAGUGCCUGCGUUUUCCAUAAUGCAAGUUCCAGAUUUGCUGAUGGCUUCCGAUUUGGACUUGGAGCUGAGGUAGGAAUAUCGACAGCUAGGAUUCAUGCUCGUGGUCCUGUCGGUGUUGAAGGUCUAUUGACCACCAAGUGGGUGUUGGAUGGCGUCGAUCAUACUGCGGCUGAAUUUGGAGAUGGAGGCACCCGACAGUGGGUGCAUCAAAGCUUGCCUCUAGAAUAGAGACAGGCGGAGAAAAAUAAUUCAUUAUAAUGUUGUGAGGAUAUAUGGAACUGUUUAUGGAAAUAAAUGAUAUUUUUACUGAA